UCCCCUCAACUACUCUCUCUCUCUCUCUCUUAUCAAUUCAAGGCUUCAAGCUCGAGCAUUCACUCCAUUGGAUCAUACCAUUGCGCUUGAGCACUACACUGACCCACCAUCCCAAUGGGCAAGAAAGGCCGCCUAGUCUCCAUCUUCUCCAGGCUCGUCGACUCCCCCUCCUCCCCCGCUGCCGCCGGCUCGGCCUCCCCGCCGUGGCCGUGGCCAUCCUGCCGGAACAACCUGCAGACCACCUCCUUCCGCGCCGACGAGGAGGGGCCCUGCUGCGCGACGGCGCGUGGUCAGGGCGCUGCCACUGCGAAGCUCCACAGGACGGCGCCGGGCGAAAUGUACAAGACGGUCAACUCGGUCUACUUCGACUCCGCCGACGACGACGACGAGCAGGACGGGGAGGUCCUCGGGCUCGACGACGACAGCUUCUCGACAACGACGGCGUCGGCGGAGUGGUCGGAGGAGGUGAUCCGCAGCCUCGGCCGGACGCCCACCGACCGCUUCUUCUUCGACCCUGGGCCGGCGUCCAACUCCAUCCUGGCCGUGGCCGCCUCCUCGACGGUGAGGAAGACGCCGCCGGCAGAGACGAAGACGGUGACUCCCGACCCCGACGACGGCCCCGGCAAGAAGGAGGCGUGCACGUCGCUGGCGGAGGGGAGCGUGGCGGUGGCGGUGGCGGUGGACUCGGCGGACCCGUACGGGGACUUCCGCGCGUCCAUGGAGGAGAUGGUGGCGGCGCACGGGCUCCGCGACUGGGCGGCGCUGGAGGAGCUCCUGUCCUGGUACCUCCGGAUCAACGGCAAGCACAACCACCCCCUCAUCGUCGGCGCGUUUGUCGACCUCCUCCUCGGCCUCGCGUCGUCAUCACCGUCCGCCGCAGAAACCACAACGGCAACGGCCACGACGACGACGAGCAGCAGCAGCAGCUGCAGCGCGAGUACCACCACCAGCAUCGGUGAUGCCACCACCACUACAAAUGCAACAGCAAAACCGGAGCGAUGUGGCGGAGGGACGACGAACGGCGACACUUCUUGCUCGUCGUCGUCGUCUUGGUGCGCCGCGGCUGACGUCCAGGACGUUGUCAAGGAGAAGGCAAGCAUCCCUAGUGAUGAUGAGAUCUAGUGGUAGCACCGUACCAUUGCUCCGCUUGUUUCUUGAAUUACUAACUAAUCUUGAUGGCUGGUUAGCGUUUUGAUGAUUAACCAAGCAUACAAAUUAACGACAAUAAUGGAUAGAUAUCCCACGAUGCUGGUGGCAUUACAAUCAUCUUUGGAAUUCCUUCCUCUUUUUCUUUCUCUUGAGUGUGUUCUAGUGGUAGCCAGUAGUAGUGCGUAGUAGGUCAGGUCGAGGGAUCCAAUGCGAUGUAUGAUACAUUAAUUGUGUGCAUGGGUAUCAAAGCUUGUUGACAAUUCAAUACACACCUCACCUAGCUAGCUUAAGGAACAAUUCAUGGAGCGUGAUGAGGUCUAACUCUUGGCUUGAA